AUGCGUUGUCAAACUGAUUGGAAACAUCUUCAUCAUAUUGCAUACUGGGAAAUUUUAUAUUGUCAUGCACUUCAACGAGAUUGGAAAAAAGCAGCUGCCAUGUGUAAAAUCCUACUCACAGAAAAUAAUUGGAGUAAAGCAACAUAUUGUUACCUAUUAUCAACAUUUAUUUUCGAAGAUAAUAAUCGAACUGUAACAGAUGAAGUUAUUAAAUUAUAUCAACGUGUACCUGAAUUAAAAAUUCGUCUUGCUGGAAAAUCAAUUCCAUUAGAAAAAUAUGCUAUUAGACAAUGUGAACGUUUUCUUGCUCAGCAAUGGUUAUUCUUACCAGCAUUGGAAUUCGUCUAUCUACUAAAUGGUUUUCAUAUCCUUUCACAUGAUCCUAAUAAAUUAAAAGAAAUACUUACUAUUGUCAAUAAUACAAUAAAUGAUUUAGAACUUCAUCAUCGAAAUGAUCAAUUCUAUGCUGAUAGUUAUGGUUCCGGACUAUUAUUCCGUGGUGUUCUCCUUCAUUUUCUUCAUCAGUAUGAUGAAGCACAUCAAGCAUUCGAUGAAAUAAUUAAUAUGGCAAAACGAUUUGAUAACAAAUCCUUUUUAGCACCGAAUGCUCUAUUAGAAAAAUCAUUGAUUUAUAUAACUUUGAAGCAAAAACAAAAAGCCACCGAAUAUUUACAAAAAUCAUUAAAUGAUUAUAAAGAUUAUCAACUUGAAUCUCGUCUUCAAUUUCGUAUUAAUGCUGCAAUGCAAACAGUAAAACGAAUGAAUAACUAA